CAAGUCCCACGUGGGGACUUGGAGAAUUCUUUUACAUUGACCUUAGUUUUCGUUUUAAUGCGCUAGCAUUCUUGGGGUACCUCGCGCGCACUUUUCAGGGGAUAUCUAUCAAUAUGUCCAUCUAUCUAUGUACGUAUGUUUGUAUCUAACCCCUCUUCACGCCAACCUGGGAUAGUUUUGAAUCCGGUUCCGUUAAGCAAAACAACCCGAUGCUAUCCAUCCCCAUUAGACCAUGGACUAUAUAUUCGUGACCCAAGUUGGCAGAAAAAACGGGUAGAGCUAGCCAGCGCACCAGAAAGCGUACGCAGUACCCUAAAGGAUGGCACUCGCAUUAAAAAUCAUUUAACAUUUAUCCAGUACUGGGCGGAAAAAAACCCGCGUCAUAUAUGCAAUCGGACACUCUUUUCUGAAUGUGUAUUCACACAAGCGCCACGCGCGGACUUCGCAACGGCGUCGACAGAUGGCGCAGCGGGUGCAGAGGGGAAACGUCAGCGAGGAAUCCGGCUGCAUGCACGCCUCACACAUGGCGCGCGUCUCUACGGCGGCAAAUCCGUUGCUUCAAUGCUAAUCGAAUUACCGUCGACAGUCAUCGCGUGAGAUGGGCUCUGUCACUCGUUUUUUUUUGUUUUUACUUUUUCGUACGUGUGUUGCCCACUCCUUCAUUUCACUCGCGAUCAGUUUACUUAGUAAUACUUACUCUUCUUUUUUUUUUUCAAUUUCUCGCUGGCCUUUGCGCAACCAACCGAUCCCCGGCCUAUCCGCCACAGCGCCAUUCUUGGACAUCAUCCUCGUUAUCUCAGCGGGCGCGCUCCAGGACAUUUCGGGUCAAUCCUCAUCAUCGUGACGGGACAAGCGCGCGCAAGUCGGUCACCAUCGGCGCGGGACGGGGGGGCGCAGGCGGACGAUCGACGUUUCCGGGAGGAGCGAUGCCGGGACGGCUGGACAACGUGCGGCUCGCGGUGAACUGCUGCAACAGCCUGGGCCUGGACGUCUACUGCCGGUACACGAACGCCAAGCCGCUGGAGAACAUGUUCUUCUCGCCGUUCGCCCUGGCCGCCGGCCUGUCCAUGACGCUGGCCGGCGCUCGCGACGCCACCGCCGAGGAGAUCAUGCGGCUCAUGCACAUCGAGCGAGGGCUGUUCGAGACCCAGCGCGAGAUGGUCGACCUCAUCCGACAGCUGAGGAACGAGAGCGGGGAGGUGGAGCUGCGGCUGGCGACGGGCGCGUUCGUGCGCCUCGGCUACCGGCCGACGGACGAGUACUGGGCGACGGUGCGUCGCGUCUACGGCGGUACCGUGCACGAGGUGGACUUCGUCGAGGACUCGGAGAUGGUGCGCCGCCAGAUCAACAGCUGGGUGCGCGAGCACACCGACCACCAGGUCAAGGAGAUCCUGACCCCCGGCUCGGUGACGUCCGCGACGCGCCUGUGCAUCGUGAACGGGGUGCAGUUCCGCGCCAUGUGGACGGACCCGUUCUACGAGACCGAGCUGCGGCGCCACGAGUUCCACGCCACCAACGACGACGAGGAAGGCAGCGAGGUCGAGGUCGAGAUGGUGGCGCGCAUCGACGAGUACGGCUACAUCGUCGACCGAGACCUGUGCUUCACCGCCGUAGAGGUCAUACAGAAGGGCGACAAGACGUCGCUGGUGAUCGUGAUGCCGCACCAGCGCCACGACUUCCACGUGCUGGAGGAGCGCCAGAAUUUGGACAAGCUGCUGGACCUGCCGAACCGCAUGACGCGCACGCCGGACGUGGAGCUGUGCCUGCCCAGGCUCAAGCUGGACAUGGGCAUGCGGCUGGAGUCCAUACUCUACUACAUGGGCCUGGCCGACCUCUUCAGCGAGCGGGCCAACCUGUCCGGGAUGUUCGGCGAAGGGGUGAACAUGCACGCCACGGAGUGGGUCCACCACGCGGUCGCCGACAUGGUCAACGACCCGACGAAGCCGCGCCGCUACUCGUUCUGUUCCACGGGGGACUCCUCGCCGCCCGACCCCACCAGCCGGUCGACCGACGAAGAGCUCAGUCCGCCCCCAGCUUCGGCGCUGGCGCGACGUCGCAGCAGCACGGCGAGCCGCGGCAGCAACGAAGAGUCGCCGCUGGUCGCGUCCGCCGUGGCCGAGGCCGUCGAGGCGGCGCGGCGGCGGGGUAGCGGCAGCGCCACGCCACCCAGCGCCGCCGCGCAGCCCAAGACCAGCUGCCUGAAGAAGGAGGGAAAGAAGACCAAGGCGCGCGUGCGCAGAACCAGCACCGUACGCACCACCAUCCCGUUCGUGGUGAACAGGCCGUUCAUCUUCUACGUGCUGCAUCGGGAACUGUCCCUGCUGCUCUUCAUGGGGGUCGUCAAGAGGAUCGCCUGACCUCGUGAAAUGUCGUUAGUGUCCCGCCAUGCGCGAGCGACGGCUUUCGACACGGCCUCCCCGCGCCCGGGUCGCCUAUACAGGGCGACCCGUUACAUCAAAAAAAUUUUUGGGGGGGCAGGUGGGAAUUCCUUGUAAGGACACAUCGCGCCCCUUGUAGUUAUAGCUACGGCGAUUCCAUUGCUUUUCUAUAGUAUAGCUAUCUGCGUGUUUAUUUUGCGGCCAAAAAAAAGACGGUCGGUAUACGUCUAUUUUGUACAACAUAAAAUUAUUUCCGGAUUUUUCUUCUCAUCCCCAAACCUGUUUUCGGUGUAUGUUCAUCAUCACCA